ACAUAUAUCCAAAAAGCAUGCUGGGUAUCAAAUGUACACAAAAAUUCACGAAAAAAACACUCACAAUAAUUGAUAUAAUUUAAUUGGUAAAAUUCAAAUCAAAAUUUUAAGUAGUUGCUAAAUUUAAAGUGAUGGAAUUUAAAACAUUAAAGUAUACAAUUAAAUGGGAUAUCUAUGAGGGACAGCCCAUAACUGAUAUAAUUGAUAAAAAUUUCGACAUGGUCAUUGAGUUUAUGUGGGAUAAUUGCUUUAUGAAGAGCCUAGUCUAUGAGGGUUUGGGCCUUUAUGAACAGGAGGACAUGAAAGAGAUCUACUCAAAUUAUGUGCGACACAUUUUACGCAAUGAAUGUUCCGUAAUGAUGCUCAGUGAAGAUGAAACCGAAAUUAUAGCUGUGGCUCUUCUCGAAUGGAUGACAGACGAGUGGCAUUCAUGGGUAUUUCUACCGUCGUCUAUACCCAAAUGUCUGUUUCAGCAAUUGAUUAUUAUGAAAAAAGAUUUAAUCGACUCUACCAAAAGGAAACUUGGCAUCAGCUCCUAUGAUGCUCUCCAUGUCCAUGAGGUGGCCUUUCCCGAUGAACACUAUUUCGAUGAGGAUUUCCUGAUCUGCCUGUUCGAUGUCUUUGGCACAGUGGCCCAGCAUAUGCAUAUGCCACGUGUUUGCUUCAUUGCCCUUAGCUCCUUGGAGCAGGAAGCGGCAGGUUUAGCUGAAUAUGAUGAGAUCGGUCGAACUAUAUAUUCAAUCUAUAAGGUUGGCAAUGUACGUCCAUUUGAUGUUUUGCGUGAACUCGAUGAGAUGUAUGCACUGCUCUUUGAAUUGCCUGUGGCGACAUUACCAUAUUACGAGUAUAUGCCAGGAUUUGAGUCAUUCCACGAAGCUCUCAGAGCAAAGGAAACCAAAGAUGCUAAGGAUCAUGAUAUUAAAGAAGAAAUUGAAUAUAUUUGAAAGUACUAAAAUCUAUUUUAAUAAAUUUACAAGGCAUACAUUUCAGAUUCCAGAA